GACACUAGACAAAGUUCGUCCAUCUGCUGAACGUGGCAGAUCGAAUCAAAUAUUCGAACGAAACAAUAAAAAUACUUUGGUGACUGUUGGUAGAUUUAGCAACGUGAUCCGAAAGCUAAAAUGACAAUAAGAAUUCAAAUUGUAAUUUUACAUACAUCUAAUAUAACAGAUGAAAGUGUGUACAUACCAGAAAAUGAAAAUGAAAAUUUCUUCGAGGCCUUAAAACAAAUAAAUGAUAUCAAGAUAAGUAAUUUGUCUGUUACAAACCCAGUUAAAACUGUAUUAACGAAUAAAUUGCUUGCGAUAUGCGAUUGCGAAGAAAUUGAUCUUAUUUUUAUUAUUGGUAACGUUGAAGCUUCUAAAAAGGAUAGUGCAAAUGAAGCAAUUAGUGCGAUUAUGGAUCACAGACCACGUAGUAAUAUAGCAUUUUUCAUAAGACAAAUAGAAACAAUAUUGAAGAAUGUCUUGCAAUCUGACGCUAAAUGUGGAAUACGAAACGAGAAAUUGAUCAUUAAUUUGUCUGGUCCACACAAAAAUAAAAAGGAAUGCUUGAACGCAAUUGCACAUUCAGUAGGAUUUACAAUAUUUGUGAUACGUAAUGAAAACAAUACAUAUGACUCGCUAAUUGACAUUGCAUCCUCUCUACAUAAUAUUUCUUUAGAAAAGGAAGAAAGUAAGAAUGAAACUGAUAGUGAGGUAAUGAAAUUGGAGACGACAUUUUCCUCGCACGAUUUAUCAUCUACAGAUGAGUGUACAAGAAGCAAUAGGAACAAUUACGAGCGAUUUCCUAUGGUUUCUUUACAUGAAGCAUUGACAACAUUGAACAAACUAUCACAGGAACGUUUAAAUGAACAAUAUUUUGAGCAAAUAAAGAUAAAUAAUGCUUCUGGCAGAAUAUUAUGCGAAAAUGUAAAAUCGGAGUAUGACAUACCAUCAUUUAGAAUUUCCACUAAACAUGGAUAUGCCGUAUUGGCAGCUUCAGGAAAAGGUUUCAAAAAGGUGUUGAACGUAAAAAAUACAUUACAUCCAGUUUCUCUUACAUCUGGGACAUGCGUAUGGGUGAACAGUGGAGCGCCUAUUCCCAAUGAAGCAACAGCAGUUGUAGCAGUAAAGGAUACAAAGCCAGUAGAAGAAAUGUCAAACGAGGAAGUUAAAUAUAUUGAAAUAUUAACUGAACCACUAAACGGACAAAACAUUAAAUUUAUUGGAAGCGAAUUAAUGAAAGGAGCAACGGUUGUAUUUGCACCCACGCGCAUUGGCCCGGGGGAGAUGGCACUUAUAGCAGCUUCGGGCCGCAAAGAAGUUACAGUCUCUUCCAAGUUAUCUUUGGGUGUAUUGUCUAUUGGGGAUAAUUUGGAGGAAUCGGGAGAACCUUUGAAACCGGGAUAUGUCUACGACACUAACAGACUAACUUUAAUCUCUCUACUACAAUGUGAUAAUUUCUUUCCCUUGGAUUUCGGAAUCGUGAAAAAUAAAUUGUCAGCUAUACGGAACAAAAUUGAAAAGGCUCUGGAGAAAGUAGAUCUACUUGUGACAACGGGUUCUAUUAAUGACAAAGAUGUAUUGAAGCAAGUUUUAAUGACAUUUAAAGCCACAAUACAUUUCGGUAAUGUAAAUAUAAAACCAGGAAAAUCAACGACUUUAGCUACUUGUAAAAUCAAUAAUAGGAUGAAAUAUUUCUUGUGUUUGUCGGGAAAUCCAAUAUCCGCUUAUAUUACAGCUAAUGUGUUCCUUAUACCUUUUGUGAGCUGGCUGAGUUACAAUUUUACCAUACCUUAUCUCACAGUACCACUAACACAAUUGCGUACCCUAUUUAUGUUGCAUAGUCGACCUAGAUUCGCAUUGACACGUUUACAUUGGAAGGAUGGAGAAUACAAUGUAAACACUUUCAAUAUGGGUAAUGUCUUCACUGAUAAGUUGUAUAAUAUUAUAGGUUCAAAUGCACUUGUACUUUUACCGUCAAAAACAGAUAACCCGACAUCACGUAUAUUAGCAACAAUGAUCAAAUAUCCCGAAAAGUUUGAUGUGCCACCUACUUUUAACAAAAAAAAGAAGAAAAAAAAAUUGUCCAAGUAAUAUUUAUCAGUAGAGUUAUACAUACAAGGCACUUGAUAAAAGAAAGAAAAACAAUAAAUCGUAUUGUUUAAUGAAGUAUUUUGAAGAUUUGUAUUUUUUCGAUAUUUGACUAAUGCUUAUUUUUUAAUCAUUU